AUGACGGAAGCAAAUGUUAGUAUUUGGGAAGGAGACGAAACUCAAACCAAAAAAGACAGUUCUUUGGUGAAGAUAAAAGUUCUGUUUUUCGCACGAGCGCGUGAUCUUACUGGCUUGACUGAGGUACCAUUGGAAGUGUCAUCUGGGAGUACUACUCAAGAUUGUUUGAAAAAGCUUCUAGUUCAAUUUCCACGUUUGGAAGAAAUACAAGGAUGCAUGGUUCUAGCUCUGAAUGAGGAGUAUGCAAUGGAUUCAACCAUUGUUAAAGACAAGGAUGAGUUGGCCAUUAUACCUCCGAUAAGUGGUGGAUGA